CCAAGUUUUGCUCGCAUGGCUUUUCCUUGCUGGGAUGAACCCGCCUUAAAAUCAACUUUUGACAUUUCAAUAAAGCAUUUCUCAAAUUAUACAGCUCUUUCUAAUAUGCCUGUGAAGGCGAUAUAUUUUGAUUUUGUAGAAGAAAAAGUCUGGACAAUUUUCCAAACUACACCUACAAUGUCUACGUACCUUGUUUGUUUUACAGUUUCGAACUUUGUGAAUAUUACCAAACCUGGGACCAAUUUAACAAUUUGGUCUCGUAAGAGUGUUGUAGAGUCAAUGACUCUUGGACUUGAAAUUAUAUCGCGAGCACUGCCAGUUUUAGAAGAGUACACUGAUGUUAAAUAUGAAUUGCCAAAAAUUGACAUUAUUGCUAUUCCAAACUACAUCCACGGAGCAAUGGAAAAUUGGGGACUGAUUGUUUUCAGGUAAAUUGUUUUAAAUAGUACUAGUUUUAAACUUCAUGAAAUUUUUUUUACAUCUUGAAAAGUGUAGGGUAUAAGGAAAACUUUUCGGUUGGUUAAACCAAAAGUUUGUUUGUGACAUAGGAAUUUUCGUGUUAACCCAUUAACGCCUGAAACCUUUGAAAUUUUGUGUUUAAUUUAAGAUAUAAUUUUAUAUAUUAAACAUGCUCCCUAAAAAUAACUGAAGCGUUUCUUUAUGUUUUCGGGGUCGCUCUACAAGAUUCCAUGCUCAGAUUUUAAAUUUAU